AUGGCGAACCCCUGGCUCGCUGCUGCUCGUGUUUCCGGUGUGACUCCGACUUCAGUUUCGACUGCAGGCAGCUCCUCUCCUUCUCUCCUCCUCCCUCCAGACCCUCCUGACCCUUCCCAUCCUUUGAAUAUCUCCAAUUUCCCCCUUCUUUCUUCUCCUUCCUCCCCUUCCUCUCCAUCUCAGGAUUCCUCUCUAACUGCUUAUGUUGAGCCGGAGAAUGUGGUCCUUGCUCUUCCUGCCCACCAUGUAUGUAGACCUGUUGUCGUUAAAACCAACCCCAACCUUUUCUCUAACCUUCUCAAAGAAGCUGUAGCUGUAAACCCUAGAUCUAGAUUGUCUACAGUGUCAAAUUCGUCUCGCAUCGCGUUUGUUGCGGAUUCCCCUUCUAAGGGCCUUAUUUCGCUACCCUCUACUCAGGUUCCACUUGUUGCUGGUGAAUCUGGGGAUACUCCGCCUGCUUUUGCUAUUGAGACAACUUUAGACCGUACCAUUGGUACUAAACCAACUUUGACUACUCCAGCCACUAGAACCCCUUCUCAGAAUGUACCCUCUAAACCUGUUUCUCCUCCGUCUCAAUCCGUCCCUGGUUCUACUAUCCCAGUGAGAAAUUCUAUGCCCCUAUCCCCUACCCAUUUCAACCCUCCCCCUGUGAAUGACGCUACAAAAACUUGGGCACAAAAACUAAAGAGUGAUGUGGAUCGUACCUUAACGAGGUUAGCUCCUUUGGCUUACUCUCCUGAAGGCAUACCUAGAGUGGCAAUUCCUGACUCUGUGUUUCAAGAAGGUGCAAAUCUUCACAAAGAUUUCAUCAUUUGCCGUUUCAAAGGUAGACCUCCAACUUUCAAGCACGUCCAAAAUGUCUUAAGCCAUAUGUGGGGUCGAGGACAACGGCUUGAAAUCCACAUGAAUCCUAUCAACCGCUCAAUGUUAGUCAGAAUCCCAAAUGCGUUUAUUCGUAACAAAGUUCUUGAAAAGAAACUGUGGUACAUUGGAGAAUGUAUGUUUCUAGUAUCUCAAUGGGACUCAACUGGCGGUGCUUCUGAGGAUCUUGAUGCUAUUCCAAUUUGGGCACACUUAAAAGGAAUGCCAUUCGACCUAAUGUAUGACAAAGGGAUCAGCUUAGUGGCUGGGUUAGUUGGUGAACCUAAAGAGACAGAUGAGUUUACAAAGAACUUGGUAAGCUUAAUUGUUGCUCAUGUGAAGGUGGAAGUCAAUCUGAAUAAACCUCUACCAUCGUCUGUGGAGGUGCUUCGUCAGGAUGGAUCUAUCCUAAUUGUGAACGUGGAAUAUCCAUGGGUCCCUCCUACUUGCUCCAACUGCAAAGAGCUUGGUCAUGUCAUCAGAUACUGCCAUUAUCUUCCCCCUCCUUCGGUUCCAGCCAGGUCUGAGGUUCCUCGGAAAGAAACAGGGAAAGCUCCUGCAAGUCCGGGUCCGAGUACCUCUAAUAUUGUUCCUCCUCAAGCAGAGAAUCCACCUGUUGCUUCAAAUGUCCUCUCACCUGAAACUGAAACCAUCUCCAAGCAACACAUGACCUGUCAUGUCACAAUACCAGGACAUCAAUCGUUCUACUAUACUGCUGUUUAUGCCUCAAAUCUUAGUGUUGAAAUAGCAGACCUAUGGUGUGAUUUGAUUGAAGUUCAGCAUAACCUUUCUCUUGAUGCUUGUCCGUGGAUUGUAUGUGGCGAUUUUAAUCAGAUUAUCCAUCCUAUGGAACACUCGGCUAUAGAGGUUAACCAUCUUACUACUGACAUGAUGGAAAUGAGGGACUGUCUGAUGCAAUUGGAACUGUAUGAUCUCCGCUACCAGGGGCCCACUUUCACUUGGACAAAUAAGCAGCCGGCUAACCCAGUUGCUAAGAAACUUGAUAGACUUCUUGUCAAUAACCAUUGGCUCUCUUCUUAUCUAGACAGCGUGGCCAGCUUCUUGCCCCCUGAUUUUUCUGAUCAUGCCCCUUGCCUCCUAAACCUUGCCUCCCCUCUUCCCCUUGCUGGGACUAAACCUUUCAAAUUCAUAAAUUUCCUAGCUAAACACCCUUCCUUCCUUCCCCUGAUUGAAGCUGCUUGGAGUCUUGCUGGAAACACAUAUCACCACGAGUCAAGUUUAUCAGUACUGUGUGCAAGCGCUCACUAA